AAAAAUGAGAAUGCAACAACCAGUAGGUGAACAAAAUCUUCAGGAAACCUGAGAACUCGUUCAAGCUUUUCUAUUUUGAAUUCAUAAAUAGCAUUCAAGCUUCAUCCAGCCAAGAACCCCUUAUCCCAGUUUUAUCUUUCAACGGUUUCUGGAUUCAAUAUCAACAGACGAUAUCACAGGAAAUGAGGCUUUCCAUCUCGGGUUUCUUCUUCUUCUUCUUCUUCUUCUUCUCAGUGUUCAUCUAUUGUACAUCCGCAUAUGAUCCACUGGAUCCUAAUGGAAACGUUACAAUCAAAUGGGAUGUCAUGUCCUGGACGCCAGACGGCUAUGUGGCUGUAGUAGCGAUGAACAACUUCCAAAUGUAUCGGCACAUACCAAACCCGGGAUGGACAUUGGGGUGGACAUGGGCAAAGAAAGAAGUGAUCUGGUCCAUGGUGGGUGCACAAACAACUGAACAGGGUGACUGCUCAAAGUUCAAAGGGAACGUACCUCAUUGCUGCAAGAAAACUCCCACACUUGUCGACCUUCUUCCCGGUGUUCCUUACAACCAACAGUUCUCAAACUGUUGCAAAGGUGGUGUUGUGGCUGCGUGGGGACAGGACCCAUCUGCUUCUGUUUCUCAGUUUCAGGUCAGUGUUGGUCUGGCCGGCACUUCGAACAAGACUGUCAAACUUCCGAAGAACUUCACUUUGCUCGGUCCCGGCCUCGGUUACACUUGCGGUCCUGCCAAAAUCGUGCCUUCAACUAUUUUUCUCACUCCCGACAAGCGGAGAAAAACACAGGCCUUGAUGACAUGGAACGUUACAUGCACAUACUCGCAGUUUCUGGCAAGAAAGCAUCCGAGCUGUUGCGUCUCCUUCUCGUCCUUCUACAACGACACCAUAACUCCUUGCCCUUCUUGUGCCUGCGGUUGCGAGAGCAAAAAGGGCUGCGUCAAGAGUGAUUCAAAGAUUCUAAGCGUGAAGGGUAUCAACACUCCGAGAAAAGACAAUGCUCCAUUGCUUCAGUGCACGCACCACAUGUGCCCGGUUAGAGUUCACUGGCACGUAAAAGUUAACUACAAAGACUACUGGCGUGUGAAGAUAGCCGUCACGAAUUUCAACUACCGGAUGAACUUUUCUCUGUGGACCCUCGCCAUCCAACACCCGAACCUCAACAACGUCACUCAAGUUUUCAGCUUUGAUUACAAGCCACUCGUCCCUUACGAAUCCAUAAACGACACGGGAAUGUUCUAUGGGAUGAAAUACUACAACGAUCUGCUGAUGGAAGCGGGGCCUUUCGGAAACGUUCAGUCAGAGGUUCUCCUCCAGAAAGACAGGAACACUUUCACUUUCAAGCAAGGCUGGGCCUUUCCAAGGAAAGUUUACUUCAAUGGCGAUGAGUGCAUGUUGCCCCCACCAGACACGUACCCCUUCUUACCAAACUCCGCGCAUGGAAACCUGUCUUCUCUCUGGACACUGCCACUUGCUCUUCUUCUUCUCCUCCUUCUGAUCUCCAUCUGGUGAUUCUGAAGCCAAACCCAGACAGAAUCUGUUAUGUACAUUUUUUUUUUUGGGGGGGGGGGGGGGAGAAAACAAAACAGGG